UAGAGAUCAAACCAGCCCAAACUUGGUGGCCCAGCCCACCAUGCCGCCUGAAAGUCAAGCAGUUCUGGAUGCCUUCAAACGCUUUGACAGCGAUAUGUCUGGCGCCAUCUCCCGCGACGAGUUGGCUGAGGUGUUGAAGGCCCUGGAAGGCUCCCAAUGGGACGAUGCCUCCGUUGAUGAAUUGCUGGCAGCUGCUGAUGAGAGUGGCGAUGGCGAGUUGCAGGUGGAGGAGUUUGUCAAGUGGGUUUUCGCUGAAGACCAAGCCAUCUCUGGUGGUGUCACGGGCAAAUUCACCUUGAAAGUUUCGGGUUGUUCCAGACCAGAGCUCAAUGGCGUCUAUGUGAAACAGCCCGAAUGCUACUAUCGGAGGCCAAUAUUCCAUUGCAUUGAGAAUGAGAAGUAUUUGUUCUACCACGGAAAGAGGCAACAGUGGCAGAUCUAUUCCAGAACAGGAAAAUAUGCAUCGGCCCGUUUAAAGACGCAUCGCGCAGCUCACAUGCCUGGAGACAACGUGAAAUGGGCUGUUUGGACAACCACUGCCGGCAAGAAAAAGAGUUUCGUCAAAGAGUCGCAGAUGAGCUGCACCGCAGAGCCGCCUUUGACGCCUGAAGAGAAGCGUGCCAAGGCGGCUGAUGCGGUGAUGUUUGGGCGAAAAGAUAUUUUCAAACAGAUGAGCUACGUCUUGGGCAACAGACCUGUAUACCACCAACGCUCAGAGCGCUUCAUCUUCUAUGAGGAGCCCAAGAAAAUGUGGAAGAUGGGCGAAUCCGCCGUUCUCGGCAAGCCCUCGUUGUACACAUCACGGAUAACGGAUGUGUAUUCACCAGAUAUGGCCGUAUGGAUGGGUGACUCUGGUAAGAUUCAGGUGCUUGGAUUGGAUGGUGAAGAGGUUCCCAAAGGCUGGCGCCCUGGCUUGAAGGUCAAGGAAGUGGAAGAUGGAUGGAAAGACCCUGAUUUUCCCCACAGCAAUGAUUCAAUUGGCACAAAGGCAGAAGGAAAAUAUGAACAAAAUCGCUGGCUCAGGGCCUUGGGUCUACAUGCGCGCCCAACGCUUUUUGCAGAUCUGGAGCCUGCUGAUGCAUGCCAAGGGAUUGUCGACAACUGUUGGCUCAUAUCAGCAAUGUGUGCAGUGGCCGAAUUCCCUUCAUACAUCAAGAACAACCUCUUUGUGACCAAGAAGGUUUCUAAAGAUGGCAAGUACCAGGUUAAGCUUUUUGAUGGCCGCAGCAAUCGCUGGGAGAUCAUUGAAAUUGAUGACUACUUGCCAUGUGCUUCUUGGGGUGGCGACCAGCCGGAGCUGAUCUUCGGAAAAAUGCCUGAAGGGAAGAUGUGCAUAGCGCUGCUUGAGAAAGCUUUUGCCAAGAUGUAUGGUAGUUGGUCUGCUUUGGAUGCGGGCUUUCCUGAAAUCGCCUGGUUUCACAUGACCGGCUGCAAGGAAGUCUUCUCCUACAGUGCAUCAUAUCUGGGAGUGGCUCCAAAGUGGGUGGUAGCUGCCAGUGAAGGCAUUCCAGUUGUGGCUGGCUACUGGGGGUAUGAGGAGUCCCGGAAGCGCAUCGGUCAGUUGAGCGAAGGGGCUCACUUCUCUGAGAAGCAAAGGAUAGGAUCAUGGAUUCAGUUUGAGAAGAUCGAUGGCGAUGGACCUGAUGAGGGCUGGCUGAAAUAUUAUGGCCAAGGCAAGCGGCUAGCGAAGCGCACCGCGGCCAAUGAUAUUGCCAUCAUGCAAUCCAACUUCGGGAUUGUUCCCAAUGAGGCGAUGAAGGCCAUAGGAGCUACGGGAGCCGACAAAGAGGUGCUGAACCAGGUCUUCAUCAAACAUCUAACGAAGUUUAUCGAAACUGAAGAGAUGUGGCAAAUCCUCCUGGACUGUGACAAAGGAAACUAUCUUAUGGCGUCUUCCGCUUCCACUUCCAAAAUCGAACGGGUUUCUGGCAUGGUCCAUGGCCAUGCCUACAGCGUCUUGCACGCAGUCGAGAUUGAGGGUCUCAGGUUGGUUUGCUGCAGGAACCCGUGGGGGAAUGAAAUUGAAUGGAAUGGACCUUGGAGCGAUCGCAGUCCUGAAUGGAAGGCCAACCCAAGCAUUGCAGAGGCAUUGAACGUGGAUUUCCAGACAGAAGGCUCCUUUUGGAUGGAUUUUGAGGAUUGGCUCUAUGUCAUGGGACAGCUGAAGGUCAUGAAUUGUAAGAUGCCAUCCAGACGUGGUGACUUUCACAAUCAGAUCGUAGAAGAGGACGACGAUAAGCAGGAGGAUGUGCCGGAAGAAGAUGCUGAAGAUGAGGACAGCGGGCCUGUGACGCAGUGUUCAGGUUUGUUUGUUGAGUGGCACUCUCCGCGAACCAUGGAGGAGGGCAUUCGCCUUUACCCAGAUAAAGACUAUACAUUCCGGAAUGUGCCUGCUGUCCUAUUGGGUGGUACUUUCAUUGGCAGCCAUUGUUGGCCAUCACCGGGAACCUGGACCAUUGAGUACCAAGCUCCGGCCAAGCUGUAUGUGUGGGCUGCUCAGGGACAGUUCAAUGCCGGAGUCGAUGAUGCACUCAGUGCGGAUGGUUGGACAGCAGAAGAUGCUGCUAACUUUGGGGGUGGCGCGCUUUCUCUGAAUUUGUGGAGCAGAGAGUUCCCAACUGGAUCCUCUUACAGCUUUGAGGUUGCAGGGAAUUCAGUGGUUGGCGGCGUGGUCGGUACGGCUCCGUGUGUGCAACUUUAAAGUUCUAACCUGGCCGUGUCGGUCGGCUCUGCUCCAUUUGUGUUCAAUCGCGGCGAGCGAUGGCUCUUGUCUCACAACGUUUGAAGUUGCUGUUGCUAAAAGCAACGGCGUUGGCAACGCAGGACAUGGAUG